UUCAACGUUCUGGUCACCAUAACCAGCCUUUUAGGACACAUUUUCAUAGACAGGAUUACUAUAUCCCACGAUGUGUGACCCACAUCCACCUUUACUGUAUAGCAGUCCGCUCGCCUGUGGACGGUCCUUCUUGAUUUGUAACCAACGACUGUAGAGAAAUCUUGGGACGAGUUUAUGAUGACUAUACAGCUGUACCCUUCCCUUAAUAGUCUCGGAGUAUUCACGCUGCACCAUCCCCACCACGAACACUUCCACUGCGAGCAGCACGAACAGCACGAAAGCGAGGAUUGCAGGGCCUGCGGCAAGGCACUACGCGUUCAGCUAGCACUUUCAGGCCAUGAACUCAUUCAGCUGGUAAACCGUUGCAUCCAAAAGAUUGGACUACUAGCCUCGACAGGUCGUAGAGGGCUCACUAACCCAAACCCAUGCGUCGCUCUCCUCCACCACACCAUCUUUUUCAGCGAGGUUCUUGAUUUCCUAACCGAGGUCCGAAGGACCGGUUUUGGAAGGGCUCCGAGUUCAGGACGCAAACCCACCCAAGGAACCGUUUCGUCCGCUCAGGAUGAGACAUAUGAUUCUACAUCAUUACGAUUUAUAUACGUGUCACGGUCCUCUGCGGAUGAUUCGCAGCUUUGGGAUGCGAGCCAGAGAACGCCCUCCAGUAACCCGGAGGAAGGUUUGGAGCAUCUGUUACUAACUAAUAAUACAUUGGUAAUAACAAGGAAGCUUGAAAUGCUGAGCAUAUUCAUGGGUUUUGAACAGUCGAAUCGACAUACUAUUUCGAACGAAGCUGGUGAACCGCUUGGUUGCAUCGCUGAAGAGCCACGAGGUGUCCUGUCGAUGUUUGCCAGGCAGAUCUUCUGCAUCCGUCGUCUGUUUCGUGCUCUAGUCAUGGACCUCCACGGAUCACCUAUUCUCUGGAUUCGCCGUCCAUUCGCCUGGAUAAACUCCCGCAUGUUCAUUCAACGAUCAAAAGACCUUCACGAGUAUACACCAGAAGGGGGGCUUGUUUUAGAUACAUUCGCAGAAGUCUAACAGGAAUGGCAUCUUUGGCGAAGACGAUCCCAUCUCUUUCUUCGGUAAUGCAAUGCAUCCGCUUGUUUUGUUUUGUCGGUACCAACUCCUGAGAC